GUGUGCUUCGGCGACGGCAGCGGCGGCGGCGGGGAGCUUGCCUUGGCCACUGCGAGCGAGGAAGAGAGCGAGCAGGCGGGCGGCGCUGGGGCUGGGCUGCGGCGCGCGCGCCCUUCUUCUCCCCCUCCCCUCCUUGCGCUAUGCAUUCGAGCGCUCCUGAGCCUUGCCAGGGGCUGCCGAUGCCGCAGCUGCCGCCGCCGCCGCCGCCGCUGCUUCUUCCAGCACGUCGAGGGGCUUGCGAGGAAUAGAGACAGGCGGCCGGCUUAGGGGGCAGCCGGGCUCUCGGGAAGGCUCGAGAGAAGCCCGAGGCGGCUGGGGAAAAGAAGAGGAAGGAGGAGGGAGGAUCAGGCUAAGGAGCCGCCGGUCCGUCCGCCCCUUCGGGGAAACUGGAUCUGCUGGCCGCCUAGCAGCGUUGUCCCUGCUGGGGGAUCGGAGGAGGCGGGCGAGACGAAGCGGCAGGCGGACCCGCCUGGGACGCGGCGGCGCGAUGCUGGCGCUGGAGCUGCUGGGCUUGGCUUGGCUGGCCGGGGUGGCGAUGGGGCAGAACGAGACGGAGCCCAUCAUCCUGGAGGGCAAGUGCCUGGUGGUGUGCGACUCCAACCCGGCCUCGGACCCGACGGGCACGGCGCUGGGCAUCUCGGUGCGCUCGGGCAGCGCCAAGGUGGCCUUUUCGGCCAUCCGCAGCACCAACCACGAGCCGUCGGAGAUGAGCAACAGGACCAUGAUCAUUUACUUCGACCAGGUACUAGUGAAUAUCGGACUGAACUUUGACUCUGAGCGGAGCACUUUCAUCGCUCCCCGAAAGGGGAUCUACGGCUUUAAUUUUCACGUAGUCAAAGUGUACAACAGGCAAACCAUCCAGGUGAGCCUGAUGCUGAAUGGGUGGCCAGUGAUUUCCGCCUUUGCCGGGGACCAGGAUGUCACCCGCGAAGCCGCCAGCAACGGGGUCCUGAUCCAGAUGGAGAAAGGAGACAGAGCUUAUUUGAAACUGGAGAGAGGAAACUUAAUGGGGGGUUGGAAAUAUUCAACCUUCUCUGGAUUUCUAGUAUUCCCUCUUUAAACAACUUGCCGACUGGCUGAGGAAGGGAGGAAGGAGCAAGUCUUUCAGCACUGCUUACCAAUCCCUGAAUUUGUAGCUGGAUAGAAGGAAUCUCGGACAGCAAAAAGCUUCUGGAUACUAUCGACAUAACUGCAGAAGUUAAACCCUUAACUUAGGUUUGUGUGCAUUGCUCUGAAGAUCUCUGUAAUGGCGCAGCCGGACAACAGAAGACGCUUGAAUUCAUCCUCCGUCAAUAAUUAUUUCUCUUUUCUCUCUCCCAUUUUGCAAACCAAAUUAUGUUACAUCUCAAUUUAACUGAUAUUAUUAGCUACCAUUGUACCCCACCCACUGCCCCCGCAAGCUCCUACAUGGUACCUACUUCACACAUCCUUUUUACAGCCAAUUUGGGUUUGUUUUUAACAUUAUAUAUCUCUAUUUUUUACUCUUUCCCUGAGUUUAAAAAAAAGUAUUUUUGAAUACAUGGGUGCCAUGGUUGAGAGGUGCAAUGCAAACCCUGCUGUGAUGCUACUAGUAAGGAAAUCUGGGGAGGGUAGGACUAUCAACACAAACUUAUUCUAGCCAAAUCCUGAUUUUCACUAUUUCUAUGUAAUUCUGAGUGAUUGUGGAAUUUUCAGGCUGCUCGAUGUUUUGAUGCUUGUUUUUCGCUCUUGUAAAUUUGUGGCCCAACUACAUGCCGGAAAGUAUAUUGAACUUUUACUAAUUAAUCUGUAAGAUAAAAACCAGAAAAGAAGUGUGAAUAUUGACAUAAUUUAAUUUAGGCUUUAGGUUUUGUUUUUUUAAAAGGUUUAAAUGGGGUUUUUAAUUUAAUUUAAUUUUCCUUAGAUGAGAAACAGAGCAACUUGGUGUAGUUAACACAAUCUUAACCAGAUGUAGGAGGAAGAGAGAUAUACCAACAAAAAAAUGAAAGGGGGAGGGGGCAGAAAUAUGCAAUCGCACCCAUUUGUUGCCAUUUCCACUUGUCUGUUCUGAUUCUGAAUAUGAAACAGGAGAAAACAAAAGCACAGUCUUCAGAAACAAAGAGUGCAAAUAGCCCCUUUUAGCAGUGUUUGAGUCCUUGUUCUUCCUCAUAGUUUCAUGUGCCGUUUUUAAAAGUUGGGACUCAUGUGUCAAUUUCAGUAACUACUCUCUCAGUUUAACAAUACUGCUCUAUUGGCACAAGUUCCUCAAGGUAGGAGGAAGAGGAGGAGAGCCCCCACCCUGAACAGUCGCCAAGAAAAUGCCCACAAAAUUCUCCCCUCUGUUCUCUUUACCAUUGUUAUGUAUUACAUUCUCUCAAUCAAAUUACGUUUUAUAAAGCUGUCUUGCUUUCAAAGGAAGAGAGGAAAGAAACCCCCUUACAAGGUAUACCUAAAAUGCUAGUAUUAUUAUUUGCUAGUAAUAUUUUGUUUACAGUCUUUCAGAAAUGUAAAUGCUAUAAUUUUGCAGCACUCUAAAGAGAACUACUACUUUUAUUAUCAAGGUAAAGUAAAAUACUUUUGAUUGUAAUCAAAACAUAAUGUGAAAUAAAACCAGUGGAAUAAA